UCUUCGAAUAUACCUGCGAAGACCACGCUUUCAUCACUCCGUUUUUUUCAAAAAAAAAAAACAGAAACAAAACCGUCCGCCAGCCCCCCGCCGUCCGCCACCGUUCCCUCCAAAAAAACUAACGUCGUUUGGAUCAUGAAAUAACAUCCGUGGAGAGAAGACCGAAAGCCCACCAAAAACCCUGAAGGAAAAACAGAGAUGAGAACAGAAACGUUAACGCUUGUGCUGGUCAAUCUGGCAGGGAUCAUGGAAAGAGCGGACGAAUCGUUGUUGCCGGGAGUGUACAAAGAGGUGGGGGAGACACUCCAGACGGGCCCAACGGGGCUGGGCUCUUUGACCCUUUUCCGAUCGAUGGUGCAGGCCAUUUGUUACCCUUUAGCCGCUUACUUGGCGUCCUUCCAUAACCGGGCCGUCGUCAUUUCUUAUGGAGCUUUCCUGUGGGCUGGCGCCACCUUCCUCGUUGCCCUUUCCUCCACCUUCUUUCAGAUAGCUGUGUCAAGAGCUUUGAAUGGGAUUGGCCUUGCCAUUGUUGCACCUGCAAUUCAGUCCAUUGUAGCUGAUUCAACUGAAGACAGCAACCGUGGUAUGGCUUUUGGGUGGCUGCAGCUUACCAGCAAUGUUGGGUCAAUUGUUGGUGGAUUAUUUGCAUUAUGGGUAGCUACACGUACUUUUAUGGGAAUCCCUGGCUGGAGGAUUGCUUUCCUUCUUGUUGGCAUAGUCAGUGUUGGUGUGGGGAUACUAGUUCGGUUAUUUGCUACUGACCCCCACUUUCCAAAUGGGAGUGUCAGAGAUAGUAAUGAAGCUCCCAGGAGGUCUUUCCAGGCAGACGUGAAAGACCUCAUACAGGAAGCCAAAUCAGUAACAAAGAUCCCAUCCUUUCAAAUUAUUGUAGCUCAAGGUGUUACAGGUUCGUUUCCCUGGUCAGCUUUGGCCUUUGCGCCGAUGUGGUUGGAGCUAACUGGUUUCUCUCAUGGGGAGACCGCCAUUCUCUUAAUCUUGUUUGUGGUUGCAAAUUCUAUUGGCGGUCUAUUUGGAGGUAAGUUGGGAGAUUUCCUAUCAAAGCGCCUUCCAAACUCAGGCCGGAUAAUUCUGGGACAGAUAAGCUCAGGAUUGGCGAUCCCUCUCGCAGCAGUUCUUUUGUUGAUGGUGCCAAACAAUCCCUCUACAAUGUUCUGGCAUGGUUUGGUCCUGUUUAUCACAGGUUUUUGCAUAUCUUGGAAUGCUCCAGCCACAAACAAUCCAAUUUUUGCAGAGAUUGUCCCAGAGAAAUCUCGAACGAGUGUCUACGCUUUAGACAAAUCCUUCGAGUCUGUAUUAUCAUCAUUUGCUCCUCCAACUGUUGGAGUACUGGCUCAGUAUGUCUAUGGAUAUAAGCCGGUUCCAGUUGGCACCGUAGAUAUUUCCACGGACAGAGGGAAUGCAACAUCUUUGGCGAAGGCUCUUUUUGCAGCAAUAUCCAUCCCAAUGGGUUUAUGUUGCGUCAUUUACUCCUUCCUCUAUCUUACAUAUCCAGGGGACAAAGAGCGUGCUCAAAUGGAAGCUCUCAUCGAAUCAGAGAUGCAGCUCAUAGAGUCGGAUUCUUCACCUUCCAGGAGAAUAACUCUUCUGCCUCAAUCGCCUGAGGCAAAAGAACUAUAUCUUGAAGGCAGAACUCUCAUUAAAAUGCCUUUUGAUGAUGAUGCAUCUGAUUCUGAUGACAGCGAUCAAAAAACUUUAAUUCGCCGUCAUGUACUAAUAUGAAGGCACAGAAUGUUUUGCAUCCAAGGUGAAUAGCUACCACGCUUACCAUAUAGAUAAGGUUGAACUUGAUCGUCAAUAGGCACUGGAUUUGGUGAAACUGACUGAAUUAGCUGGGAACAUACUGCUUAAUGAAUGCAUACAUGGGUUCAGAUAUGCUUUGAUGAUGGUUUAUUUGCUGCCAUUAUUGAAGAUCUGGAGAAACAUUGGUAACUUUCCUAGCAGGAAAAAUAACUCUUUUUGCAGUGAAGGAAGUGCAAUCUGUGUGUGGAGGACUGAAAUCUGGGAGAAGCUUUUGUUGAUCUGCUGUAAAGAAUUCGAUCCAUCUGUCUUGUGAAGAAGGAUUGAACUUGGGAUAAGGCUUCCAUUUCCUGAUCAACAGCUUCACUUUCUUGUCUCAUUUGAAGAUUCACCAUUGCAGUUCUUCAAUCAUGGAUUUCAGCCGUUGAUUUUAUCUUCUUCAAAGACAAAUUAGAAGAAUUCUUAAAGUUAGCCUUUUUAGCCGUUGGAUUCGUUUCUUCAAGAUGAAUUAGAUAGAAUUCUGAUAAAUAGGCUUCAUUCUCUCAUCCUUGAGCAAUAUUCACAGGUCAUCACUUAAUUUUUUUGAACUCAUUUGUAAUUCCCAGACAGAUUGUUUUGAUUUGUUCUGUUCUUCUUUAUAACACAAGCAAAGGAGCUUGUUCUUUCA